AUGAAUAUGGAAGAGAAGCCGAAAACGUAUGAAGUUAAAUUACCACAGGAUCACUUGCCAGCAACCAUUACUCGAAUAUCUGCAAAAAUAGGAGACAAAGUUACAAAAAAUGAUUCCCUCUUUUUUCAUAAAUAUGUUGUUGGAAACUUAGAACAAGAGCUUGUAAAUGAAAACGGUAACAUAACAGAGAAACAAAAGGUAACUCAAACACACGGUGAAUUUUUCAAGAGUCCUGUAGAAGGAGAAGUGGUUGAAAUUCUAGUUCAACCAAAUCAACAAAUUAAGAACACAGACGAAGUUACUGUUAUCAUAAAAUUACCAUGCCCGCAUGAUAUAUUAUUUGGAGGACUUUGUGCGCUGUGCGGGCAGGAUUGCACCAGAGUGGAAACACAACGUGCCACAAUAAAUAUGGCACAUGAUGCUGCACGAUUAUUUGUUAGCCAAUCCGAGGCAGAAAGAUUAGAACAAGAGACUGCCGAAAGACUUAAAAAAUCGAAAAAACUUUCGUUGAUUGUUGACUUGGAUCAAACAAUUAUUCAUGCUACUGUGGAUCCAACAAUUGCAGAAUGGAUGAAAGACGAAAAUAAUCCGAAUCAUACUGCGACAAUGGUAAUAAAUGUUAUGCAACAAGAAAAAUUUAAACGCACGUUUACUAUUCAG